AAGAAGCUGGAGACUAAGAGGAAUGAAAGGAGCUGCCCCUCAGGCAGUGUGAGGCGAAGGGGCCUAAAAUGGGUGACUUGGGGAAAAUUCUGGGAGAAAGGUCGGAGUGAGGGGACCAGAGUUGAAAGGGCUUAAAGAAAGAUGGGAUGUGGGAAAAUAAAGGAGUUCGGAUUAAGAGGACUGACACCCUACGGGGAAACAGGCGCCGUAGACAUUUAUCUUACUGGAGAGCUCGGUGGGAAUUGGGGGAUUUCGGGGAGAGGGACCCAGGUUUUAGUAAAGGUGAGUGAUGGGGAGUUGAGGGUGAGCUGCGGAUGUGAGAUACCGAUUUAGUUCUACCUGCCUGAGGCGAUGAGAUUAGGGAUGAAGGAAGAAGACCAGAGCCGGACGAGUGGUCUGGGGGAUAUUUUGACAUUGUGUGGUGUUUCCCAGGUUCUAAAUGGCUUCUAAGAAGUUGGGUGCAGAUUUUCAUGGGACUUUCAGUUACCUUGAUGAUGUCCCAUUUAAGAUAGGAGACAAAUUCAAAACACCAGCUAAAGUUGGUCUCCCUAUUGGCUUCUCCUUGCCUGAUUGUUUGCAGGUUGUCAGAGAAGUACAGUAUGACUUCUCCUUGGAAAAGAAAACCAUUGAGUGGGCUGAAGAUAUUAAAAAAAUCCAAGAAACCCAGCGGGAAGCUGAGCGCAAGGCUGAGGAAGCAGAAGCUAAAGUGAACUCUAAGAGUGGCCCAGAGGGUGACAGCAAAAUGAGCUUCUCCAAGACUCACUGUACAGCAGCAAUGCCACCUCCUAUUAAUCCCAUCCUUGCCAGCUUACAGCACAACAGCAUCCUCACCCCAACUCGGGUCAGCAGCAGUGCCACGAAACAGAAAGUUCUCAGCCCGCCCCAUACAAAGGCAGAUUUCAAUCCUGCUGAUUUUGAGUGUGAAGAAGACCCAUUCGAUAAUCUGGAGUUAAAAACUAUUGAUGAGAAGGAAGAGCUGAGAAACAUUCUGGUAGGAACCACUAGACCCAUUGUGGCUCAGUUAUUGGACAGUAACUUGCCUAGAGGCGGCUCUGGGUCUGUGUUACAGGAUGAGGAGGUCCUGGCAUCCCUGGAGCGGGCAACCCUAGAUUUCAAGCCUCUUCACAAACCCAAUGGCUUUAUAACCUUACCACAGUUGGGCAACUGUGAAAAGAUGUCGCUGUCUUCCAAAGUGUCCCUCCCCCCAAUCCCUGCAGUAAGCAAUAUCAAAUCCCUGUCCUUCCCCAAACUUGACUCUGAUGACAGCAGUCAGAAGACAGCCAAGAUGGCAAGCACUUUCCAUAGCACAUCCUGCCUCCGCAGUGGCACGUUCCGAAAUCCCCUAAAGCCUUCCACCCAAAGCAGUGCCAGUGAGCUCAAUGGGUAUCAUACUCUUGGGCUUUCUGCUUUGAACUUGGACAGUGGCACAGAAGUGCCAACCCUGACCCCUUCUGAUCUGAUCUCCCAGAUGCCUUCCCUCUCUGUCUUGUCUGUGUCCACAGAAGAAUCAUCACCUCCAAAUACAGGUCCCACGGUCACACCUCCUAAUUUCUCAAAAUCACAAGUGCCCAACACUCCCAGCUGUCCCCAGGCUUAUUCUGAACUGCAGACACUGUCUCCCAGUGAGCGGCAGUGUGUGGAGACAGUGGUCAACAUGGGCUACUCAUAUGAGUGUGUCCUGAGAGCCAUGAAGAAGAAAGGAGAGAAUAUUGAGCAGAUUCUCGACUAUCUCUUUGCACAUGGACAGCUCUGUGAGAAGGGCUUCGACCCUCUUUUAGUGGAAGAGGCUCUGGAAAUGCACCAGUGUUCAGAGGAGAAGAUGAUGGAAUUUCUUCAGUUAAUGAGCAAAUUUAAGGAAAUGGGCUUUGAACUGAAAGACAUUAAGGAAGCUCUGCUAUUACACAACAAUGACCAGGACAAUGCUUUGGAAGACCUCAUGGCUCGGGCAGGAGCCAGCUGAGACCAGGCCCUGCCUAGGCCCUGCCACGGAACCACCCCUGCAGCAGUCUGAGGAGCCCACCUGCGGGGAAGGAGAAGGGGCACACUUCCAGGUUUUCUUUUGGGGGUGGAAGGUCAGGUGUGGAGGCUGUGCUUGCCGAGUCUCUGUGGGCCUAGGCCCUGAGCUGGGGAGAAGAUGGGGAAGAUCUGGGCAUGUAAGUGCCCCUCAGAACCAUCCUGGCUCCUUCCGUAUUAAAUGUAUUUAUAUUUUGAGAAGUGUCCUUCCCACCUCCGCCUUUCAGAGGGACUUCUCUGGUCCUUCUGGGGAAUGGCCUCAGCUGACACCUGGCCCGGCUGCCAAAAAAGGAGUCGGGGAGAAGGGGUGGGAGGGCCAGAUGCAGUGCUGCUUUGGGUCUAGAUGUUUCCCUCCCCUGCAUGGGGGGAUUGAACUCUAAUCCAAGUUGAGUGCAAUUGAAAGGUUCUUCCAGGGUUUUAUUUUUUUUCUCCUUUUAACAGCGUCACUUAGUGUUACACUGGCUCUGCAAUGUCUCUGAGGUACAAAGAAUGUCCCUUUUCCCUUGGGGGCCUGAGUUUGCCUUUUCUGCCAGUUAGUUACCAUACUUUCCUGCCCCAGUCUGUUUCUUUUGGCCUGGUUUGGACUACUGUCCUCUGCUACCCAGGAUUUUAGAGCCCCCUGCUCUAGGAAACAGUUGUCAGUUUAAGAAAUCAUUGGCCCCUUCCCAGCACAUCAAGUUGGAGAGAAACAGGACAUGGUUUAGUCACUGAGCACUAACUCCACCUCAGUUCUCCUGGAGAACAGCCUUUCCCUCCAGCCCCCUGCUCUAGGAUGACACAAUGAAUAACACCUAGUCAUAGAAAUCAGUCUCUGUUUUGUAUUAUGUUGUACAUCAUUAAAGAUCUAAAUACAAAGGAUAUACAGUCUUGAAUCUAAAAUAAUUUGCUAUUUUGAUUCUUCAGAGAGAACUACUAAUAAAAAUCUAAAAGGUA